AUGCCCUUUCUUCCUGUCCUCCUCGCCAUGGCUUCCACCUUCUCCCCCACUUCCGCCGCGAGGGCCCUCGUCCCGGGCUCCACCUCCCGCCCACUCUUCCUCGCCGCCGCUGCAGCUUCGUCAGGGCGCAUUCAACCAUCCAGGAAGGGGCUGGACUUCCGCCGCGGCCGAUUCACCGUCUGCAAUGUCGCCGCCCCCACCGCCGCCGAGCAGGAGGCGACGGCGUCGGCGGCCGCCAAGGAGAGCCAGCGCCCCGUGUACCCGUUCGCGGCCAUCGUGGGGCAGGACGAGAUGAAGCUCUGCCUGCUGCUCAACGUCAUCGACCCCAAGAUCGGCGGCGUGAUGAUCAUGGGCGACAGGGGCACGGGCAAGUCCACCACCGUGCGCUCCCUCGUCGACCUGCUCCCGGACAUCCGCGUCGUCGUCGGCGACCCCUUCAACUCCGACCCGGACGACCCGGAGGUCAUGGGCCCCGAGGUCCGCGAGCGGGUCCUGCGGGGGGACACCAGCGUCCCCGUCACCACCGCCAAGAUUACCAUGGUCGACCUGCCCCUCGGCGCCACCGAGGACCGCGUCUGCGGCACCAUCGACAUCGAGAAGGCGCUCACCGAGGGCGUCAAGGCGUUCGAGCCCGGCCUGCUCGCCAAGGCCAACAGGGGCAUACUGUACGUCGACGAGGUCAACCUGCUGGACGACCAUCUCGUCGAUGUGCUGCUGGAUUCCGCUGCGUCGGGGUGGAACACGGUCGAGAGGGAGGGUAUCUCCAUAUCCCACCCUGCUCGCUUCAUCCUCAUCGGCUCUGGUAACCCGGAGGAAGGGGAGCUCAGGCCACAGCUGCUGGACCGGUUCGGGAUGCACGCACAGGUUGGUACUGUCAGGGACGCUGAGCUCAGGGUGAAGAUCGUGGACGAGAGGGCUCGUUUUGACAGGGAUCCAAAGACGUUCCGUGAGUCGUACAAUGAGGAGCAGGAGAAGCUCCAGCAGCAGAUAUCAUCUGCACGGAGUAACCUUGGCGCUGUGCAGAUUGACCAUGACCUCCGCGUCAAGAUAUCCAAGGUGUGCUCUGAGUUGAAUGUUGAUGGACUCAGAGGUGACAUUGUGACUAACAGGGCUGCCAAGGCGCUGGCUGCAUUGAAAGGAAGGGACAGCGUCACGGUCGAGGAUAUUGCUACUGUCAUUCCAAACUGCUUGAGGCAUCGGCUCCGGAAGGAUCCGCUUGAAUCCAUUGACUCGGGUUUGCUCGUCAUUGAGAAGUUUUAUGAAGUCUUUAGCUAG